GUAUGUGUGCGUACAUUUUGAAGUUCAUUAUUCUCUCUGAAAGCCCAGCCCCCGAUACAAGUCAGAACCUAACCCGGCCCCUUCAGGCGGAUGGCCACGCACCCUGAGUCUGACCGGGCAGGGCGAGGCAAGACAUCGACUUCCACUACCGAGCUUAAGAACCCUAGACAAACAAUCUGUACGUAAACCGACAGUUGUAAAUACAUCGAAAACACACAGGCAUUGGAUGGUUGAUUCGCUGAACCGGUUCCAUCAUCCUUCAAUUUCACAAUGGGAGCAAGCCGAAAAUUGCAGGGCGAGAUUGAUCGGGUUUUGAAGAAGGUUCAAGAGGGCGUCGAAGUUUUCGACAGCAUUUGGAACAAGGUUUACGACACCGAAAAUGCAAAUCAGAAGGAGAAGUUUGAGGCCGAUUUAAAGAAAGAGAUCAAGAAACUGCAGAGAUACCGAGACCAGAUCAAAUCAUGGAUUCAGUCCAGCGAGAUCAAGGAUAAGAAGGUUAGUGCCUCUUAUGAGCAGGCUCUGAUGGAUGCUCGUAAGCAGAUUGAGCGUGAAAUGGAAAGAUUUAAGAUCUGUGAAAAGGAAACUAAGACAAAAGCAUUCUCCAAAGAAGGGCUUGGUCAACAACCUAAAACUGAUCCAAAGGAGAAAGCUAAAGCAGAGACAAGGGAUUGGUUAAACAAUGUGGUUGGGGAGUUGGAAUCCCAAAUUGAUAAUUUUGAAGCUGAGGUUGAGGGACUUUCUGUUAAGAAAGGAAAGACAAGGCCUCCUAGAUUGACACACUUGGAGACUUCUAUUGCUCGGCACAAGGCUCAUAUAAUGAAGUUAGAAUUGAUUUUGAGGCUUCUUGAUAAUGAUGAAUUGAGUCCUGAACAGGUUAACGAUGUUAAAGAUUUCUUGGAUGACUAUGUAGAACGCAAUCAGGAGGAUUUUGAAGAAUUUAGUGACGUUGAUGAUCUGUACAGCUCCUUACCUUUAGAGAAGGUGGAGUCUCUUGAAGAUUUGGUUACUAUUGGACCCCCUAGUCUCGUCAAGGGUGGUGGUGCUGGUGGUGCAGUUUUAAGCUUGAAGGCUUCUUUAGUGGCAUCGGCAACACAAACAUUGGCCACAGUUGCGUCUGCUGUUCAACAUGUUAGUUCCAUCCAGGAUCCAGCUGAGGAGAUAGCUUCCCAGGAUAAUAAUUCUGAUAUUGUUGCAAGAACUCCAACUACUAAAAGCAGUGUUAUCAGCUCUUCUGUUUCGACACCUGCAGGAAGUGUAGCAGCACCUGCUACCGUGAGUGUUUCAGGUCAUAAUUUGUCUGGUCCUUCAACUGCUUCAGCAACCCUUCCAGGUUCAGGAUCUGUUAGGGCUACCCUGGAAAGUGCAGGUGCUGCUGUUUCUUCAUCCCCUGUAACUCUCACCAUUUCUUCAAAGGAAGAAGAAGUUGGAAGCUUCCCAGGUCAUAGGUCAUCUCCAGCUCUUGCUGAUGCUGGACUAGUAAGGGGUAUUAGUAGGGGUGGCCUACCCAGUCAGCCGCCAACUGGCAUCCCUCUUGGAUCUGGCAGCACACUUCCUAGUAGUGGAGCCCUUGGUGUUGUUCCUCUUGACACAGAAAAGAGAAAUGUUUUAGGAGCUGAUGAGAAACUUGGCAGUAGCGGCAUGAUACAGCCUCUGGUUUCCCCACUGAGUAGUAGAAUGAUCUUGCCACAGGCUGCCAAGGCUACUGAUGGAGCUGGCUCUGCUGAUUCUAAUAAUGUAGGUGAGGCUGCAAGCAUAGCUGGCAGAGUUUUUUCUCCUUCUGUAGUUCCGGGCAUACAAUGGAGACCUGGAAGUUCUUUUCAGAGUCAGAAUGAGCCGGGGCAGUUUCGUGCAAGAACUGAAAUUGCACCAGACCAGAGGGAGAAAUUUUUGCAGCGGCUUCAGCAAGUGCAGCAACAAGGUCACAGUACCCUACUUGGCAUUCCUUCUCUUGCUGGUGGAAAUCAUAAGCAGUUCUCCGCGCAGCAGCAAAACCCCCUCUUGCAGCAGUUCAAUUCUCAGAGCUCAUCUGUGUCACCUCAAGUUGGUAUGGGGCUUGGAGUCCAGGCAUCGGGCAUCGGCACUGUUACAUCUACCUCCUUACAGCAGCCACCAAAUUCCAUCCAUCAACAGUCUAGUCAGCAAGCAAUGUUAUCAACUGGAACAAAAGAUGCAGAUGUUGGUUCCUCAAAAGUUGAGGAGCAGCAACAACAGCAGAAUCUAUUAGAUGAUCCAACCGCAGAAUCUGAUACUGGGGCUGGGCCUGGAAAGAGUCUUAUCAAUGACGAUGAUCUGCAGUCUCCAUAUGCUGCAGAAACACCUAUGGGAGGGGCAUCUAGCUCUUUGACAGAACCCACUCAAGUGUCAAGAGAUAUCGAUCUUUCUCCUGGGCAACCUUUACAAUCCAGCCAACCUUCUGGUAGCCUUGGUGUUAUUGGCAGAAGAAGUGUUUCGGAUCUUGGUGCUAUUGGCGAUAGUCUUACUGGGUCAGUUCUGAAUUCUGGGGGAAUGCGUGAUCAGGUAUACAAUCUGCAGAUGCUUGAUGCUGCAUAUUGCAAGCUUCCUCAACCCAGAGACUCGGAGCGUGCAAAAAGCUAUUCUCCAAGGCACCCUGCCGUGACUCCUCCAAGCUAUCCUCAAAUGCAAGCACCCAUUGUCAACAGCCCUGCUUUUUGGGAACGUUUGGGUCUUGAUACUCUAGGCACAGAUACCCUGUUUUUUGCAUUUUACUAUCAACAGAAUACUUACCAGCAAUAUUUGGCUGCCAAAGAGUUGAAGAAGCAAUCAUGGAGAUACCACAGGAAAUAUAACACAUGGUUUCAACGGCAUGAGGAGCCCAAAGUUGCAACUGAUGAAUAUGAGCAGGGGACUUAUGUGUACUUCGAUUUCCAUAUUGCUAAUGAUGACCUGCAACAUGGAUGGUGCCAGAGGAUCAAGACCGAAUUCACUUUCGAGUAUAACUAUCUCGAAGAUGAACUUAUCGUUUAGAAGAUACGGACAUGUAUAGAAUAUCUGGCAGCAUUUAUAUGAAGUUGGGAGUUCAUUUGUUUGUACCAUGUAACAAUGCUUGAUUAUAUUUCAUUUUCUUUUAAUGGGGAAGAUUAAUUAGAAGCAUGGUAUGCAUUAUGAUUUGAACUUGUCACUGCAAUACUUGAAUUCCAAAGAAAAAAGUUUUUUCUUUUGUCGAAAUGAUGUAACCAUUGAAACAGCAGAUCUGUAGAUUAUUAAAAAACAAAGUAUUCCUUUCCA